GAAGUGUGUAAGGGGGGGAAACAAGGCUUCCCCCCCCUCCCACGGUCCGCGCCCUUUCCUAUUCCGGGACAGGCCCAAGUCAGAGGAGCAGAAAGAGAAGCAAAGGCGGGUUUUUGCAAAGCUGAGCAUUUGCAAGCCUUAUUGCACCCCCCUUAAAAAAAAUUGGGGAUCCCUUGCAAGUGGGAAGAGUGGGGGGGGCAAGGAAAGGAGGAAGAAGAAGCCCCCACGGAUGACUUUGCAACCAGUAAAAGCAAGAGGAGGAGGAGGAAAGAGGCAGCAAAAAAAAGGCGGUGAUUGCAGCAGCAGUUUGCAUUUGCAAGGCUUGCAUUUGGAAAGAGAAAAGCAAGGAGCAGCGUUGGAACGUUGAGGAAAGGAAGGCUCCCGGGAUCAAAGCCCCCCUAUUGUGACGUCACGCUCUUCGGAAGUGAAAGUUUUCUCCCAACGUUCGAAAGGCGCGCCUUUGAUCUCAGCCCAGAAGGAGACCCUCCAGGAAGAUCAAAGGGAAAAGGAGGAAGAAAGAGGGGGAUAUAAACCUCUAAUUUUGUGCCUGCUUUUAUUUAAAAUAUAUAUAUAUAUUUUAAAAGUCUCCCUCCUUUUUCUUCUUCUUACAAGCCUUGUAUGGACUGUGCUCCUCACCCGCAGCCAUGGGGAAGAUGCUAUCCAAGAUCUUUGGCAACAAAGAGAUGAGGAUCCUGAUGCUGGGCCUGGAUGCAGCUGGGAAGACCACCAUCCUCUACAAGCUCAAGUUGGGCCAGCCAGUGACCACCAUCCCCACCGUGGGCUUCAACGUGGAGACGGUGACCUACAAGAACGUCAAGUUCAACGUCUGGGACGUUGGGGGUCAGGACAAGAUCCGGCCCCUCUGGAGACACUACUACACCGGCACCCAAGGGUUGAUUUUCGUGGUGGACUGCGCUGACCGCGACCGGAUCGACGAAGGGCGGCAAGAGCUUCACCGCAUCAUCAACGACCGGGAGAUGCGGGACGCCAUCAUUCUUGUCUUUGCCAACAAGCAGGACCUCCCCGACGCCAUGAAACCCCACGAGAUCCAAGAGAAACUGGGGCUCACUCGUAUUAGGGACAGGAAUUGGUACGUCCAGCCAUCUUGCGCGACGUCGGGCGAAGGACUCUACGAAGGUUUAAUGUGGCUUACUUCCAACUACAAAUCAUAAUUCUAGGGCAAUACAAAUAUAUAUAUAUAUUUCUAUAAUUUGCGCGCACACAAAAGAAAUCUCUAACCAAUGAACCCUAGAACAUAUAUUCUCUUCUGUCAAUUCCCCUUUCCUCCCCUUUCAUUUUAAAUCGCUAGCAGGAGUGGAACAUUUCAGUGGCAAAGGCUUGGCUGAGAGGCAAGCUAUCCACCAGAGGUCUUUGGUUCCUUCUGAGACCUAUGGGGUGCAUUUGGGAUCCACGCAGAUAGAGAGAAGUGGGGAAAGAUCUUGGCCCUGGCCCCAUAGAAGGAGGCUGCUGGUGAUGGCUGGGGUUGCGUUGACUCCCUACUAUCUCUUCUCUCAUCCAUCCCCUCCCCAGACCUGUGGUUCUUCAACCUGUGGUCUCUCUUUGGUGGUUUUGCCCUGAGAGGUGGAUUGGCUUGGAGGCAAAUUCAACUGGUAUGUUGGAUCUGUAGGGGCAUUUUUGAUUUGGAGCUUUCCUCCUGUCCCCACGUUAGAUCUUUUAAGGGUGCCAAAAGCUGUUCUCCAUUUUAGACUGAGCCCUGACCUCUCUCUGCCAUUGGUUCCAGGGACCAAUGUGGAGACUUACCUGCCCUUUUCUUGCAUCCUGGGUGGAUGGAAGAAACCAUGGGCAAAGUAUUGAUUUCUCUUGUGACAUUCUGUGAUGACAAAAGUUCAUCGGCUGGAAUGCCUGGCUUUAGCAGGCCUCCUCCUGCAAUGCCUUGGCUGGGAACAUCCCUCCCGUUGCUUGGCUUCCCUUCUUAUUUCUGGACCUGCUCAACCUGCCUGCGUGGCGGAGGCAAGGAUGUGCAUGCCCUGUGCCUGGCCAAACCAGUUUCCCCGCCACAAGAUGGGUGGAAAUGAGGAAGCCAUCCAUCAGAGAGCUAGCAAGCAACCUCUCCUUGCAUCUUAAGCAGGGAUCUUUGCCUGCAGAAGUAAGUUCUCCUCCUUCGCUUGAAGUAUAAAUGGGUAGGUGGGGACUUUUUAAAGAGGGGACAUGCUGGGCUGCUUCCUCUGGCUUUUGGAGGCUUGUCCCAGUGCCAUUUGCCUUGCUCCUGUCAUUUUCGCCUCUCCUCAGUUGUUUGCAGGGUUAUGAGUUAUGAGUCGAUAAGGGGUUUGUUCUGCUUUUGGCCACGUCUAGAUUCCUUUGUCUCUUUUCUGUUGUAAACUCUUGUUUUACUAAAGAAGGUAAAUCUGUACCUAUUCUGCCCCUCCUUCUGUCAGCCAUUGAUUCUGACCUCUCUGAACCACAGGGACCUGUCUUGGCCAAGUUUUUUGCCCUUUGGAAAGGCGUUUUGUUGCCUUUGUUUGUGGAUGGCACUUGGGCUCAGGUUCAUUGAGUUGAGGUGCAUCUCACACCUCACAAAGAAAGUCCUCUGAGCUCAGAUUGGAUAUUGGGUUGUUUUCCCAAUGUGGUGGAACUGCAGCUCCCAUCAGCCCUAGCCAAGAUAGCUAAUGGCGAGGAAUGCUGGUAGAGGUAACUUGAAACAUCUGGAGGGCUACGUAGUUCUUGCCCCUCUUCUACCUGAUGAGGCGGAGGGUGUGUGUUUGUUGGGUAACACACACACACAAUUGUCAAUUCAGUUCCCAGCUGCAGAUCUGGAUAUCUUCCAAGUGGUGGGUGUGGAGAUAUGUUAUGUGUGUGUGUUUUUAAAAUCUAAUCUUAUUCAUGAAGUUGAUAGUACAUGAUGUGUUGAGGGAUACGCCUGCUUCCCAGCGCCAUAGUCAGAGCAAAAAUCCCAGGCAAGGGACCAAGGGGUUAGCUUUCCAAACAAAACACAACAAGCUCUGUGGCAACCAUGCUACUAAUAACAUUUCCCUGUUUUAUUCCUUGGGUUUGGGGUGGGUUUUUAAGAAGCAGAGAUCUGUUUCGGCAAAGGCAUGCCGUCAUGCAGUUGUACCCAGGAGGAGAAAAUGACCAGAUACCCCACUUUCCAAACUUCUCAUUUUAAGACGCAAAUGCUGUUAAUCCAUUUUCCUUCUGACACGCAGCAAUCUGCUCAGGGAAUGCCUAUGUUUUCCCUCUCCCUUCCUGCCAUAUCAAUCAGUUCUUUGGUUUAGUUGUUAAACUUCUGGUUUGAAACCUCCCUCCUGGUCUCUGAACCAAAGGCUUGAUGCAAACUUUCCCUCCUUUAAUAUCAAACCCAGUUAGUUUUUUUCCCUCUUGGGAAAAUCUGCCACCCCAACUGAAGUGUGAUGCUACUAUGCAUGCCACAGGGACACAGGGACAGUGGCAAAGUGUGUAUCCUGUCGUUCCCCAUUAUAACAGAAAUGGAGCUCUUGCAUGACCCAAUGCAUGCAAGAGGGUCCCCAUCUGGUUCACUUGGUACUCCCCUCUUAUUUCUCAAGUUGCAUAGUUCUCCCAGCUCUGCAUACUGCACUCCUCUUAUGCAAGGAACCCCCCCCCCCCGACCCAAAAUGCAAACUUUGGAACCUCUGUUCUUUGAGAGGCUUCUGGGGUGGGGGAGGAAGGUCUGUUGUGUUGUGUGAAAAAUAACUGAGGAGUGGUUGCUUUUUUUCCAGGGGCUUCUAGUGUGACCCAUGGUCGUGUACUGUCCCUGUCCGGAAAUGGCACACUCUGCUUCCAGCCAAGUCCGGCCGCGCAAGGCCCACUCCCUGGGUGUGAUCGCUUUUUGAGAAAGCGUGACUCACAUCUCCCGCACAAAGUGUCCCCCCCCCAUCCUUUGGUGCAGGGAGUGACUCUGCUCAGCCACUUAAGUCACAUCUGCAGCAAGCUUUUUCCUCCCCCACAUGAGUGUUCUUCACAAUCCUGACAUCUGUAUGUAUCAUCCCCUGCCUCCCACUCCACCUCUGCAGUCAUUUGUGCCUUUUGAAACACCCCAAGGCUGUGAGGAUGGGGAACCUUUGGUUUGCCUCGGAAGCUGACCUCAAAAACCUUCCAAAAAGUUGUGGCCGCCUCUGGCGCGUAUUGCUUCCCCAUUAACAUUUGUUUUUCAAGCUUGCAAGAGCUGGGAUUUUUGAGACAGAUCCUGGACCUUUGGAAAGUGGGACCAACCUUUCCCUUUGCUCAAGCGUCCUAUAGUGCAGCUCUUCCCAGCCUCAAUGCCUAGAUUAGCUGGGGAUGAUGGGACGUAUAACUUGGCACAUCACCAUGUACGGCAGUCCAGUGGGAACGCUUUUGAAUGUGUUUCCCCCUCUUUCCCCAGACAUAGCUGCCUUUAACUAGGUUUUUAAAAAGCACACAAACAACAGAAAACUGUUUGGAGUUCUUUUGUGUUUCUGUGGGGUGGAGAGGGGAGAAUUCAUCAACCAUUCCUCUCAUAAUUGAAAAUCAGUUUUGUCCAUCGCCCGCUUAGCCAUGCACUCAUUUUGUCGCCCUCCUCGCUGACGUUCCCAAAGGACCGCUUUUGCCAUUUGGGAGUCCUGCAAUCUCAAGUUCUUUGGGCAAUCGAAGCAAGAGGGAAUUAGCAUCAGAUGACCGCCAUCUGCUUCGGCGUUUGCGAUAAUCCAAUUUGCACGGCACGGAAUGUGUGGGACACGGACCUUGCUUGGGAAGGCAUGGGAUGUGAAUUGCAGGGUUGGAGGCCUGUGUUUGUCCUUCUCUUUCCUUCUUAUGGGCAGGUUUCUGGCACACCUCUUCCCUGUCACAGCUGGUUUAGUUCAGAAAUAUUGCUUUGGGCUCUUUUGUCCCAGGAUGAGUUGGUUUACCUGCUGUUUAAAUAGGUAAGAAGAGGUUGUUGUUUGCGCUCCAGAUCCUCAAGUGCUUUGUGUGAAAGUUACCACCUGAAGCAUGCAGAUGCAUGAGAAUCUACCAUGCGGCGGCAUGUGUCUGGUGCAUUGUACCAUUUACCCCUAGAAUCUAGGGCCAAAAUGGCUACUAAUCCAUCUCAAUGGGAUAGUUGACUUGGAUGGGUCAUGCCUUAAUUUCUACGCCACUAGACCAAUCACUAGAAUAUGUGUUUUAUGCACUUGGGUAGGACAUGAUAUAUUGGUGUAAUAUACACAGAGGCACUUAUUUUGCCAAACCAUCCUGUUUGGUGUUUCACCCACCCACCCACCCCACUUUCUUUCCCUUGUACAGUUGUUUCAGUCACAUUGAAAUCACUCUCAACACUCAGAAAUGAGACAUCACUCUCAACACCCCCCCAAAAAAUCCUGGGACAGGGAAUGAUGUGUGUGAAAAUAAUGUGGGUUUUUUUCCGUGCCUUCAAUAAGGGCUGUCAAUUACUUAAGGGAAGAACAAGGUACUUUUGUAUACAACAUUUGCAGCUGGCUAACUGGCAUACACUGGCAGUGUAUUAUUUUCCCCUCUCUUCCCCCAAACCGAUAUUUCUCCCUCCCCGCAAGAGAAAAACGAGGGGUGUGUGGAUACCAAUCUGCGUCUGCAAAUGUACUGUACGUUUAACGCUGGAAUUGCUUUCGAAUCUUUUACUUUCAGGUGUCGGAGGGGUUUGCAUUCAGACAUGUCCGGUGGUUAUGGGUGCCUGGGGCAGGGAGGGGAACCCCUUAUCUUUGAAAACAAGGGCUCAUUUCAGCAAAUUGUUUUGUUUUUUAAGACAAAUAAAUGAUUUUUUUCUUUCUA